AUGACCAGGAAGAUCUUCACCAACACCAGGGAACGAUGGAGGCAGCAAAAUGUCAACAGCGCCUUUGCCAAGCUGAGGAAACUUAUUCCCACCCAUCCACCAGACAAAAAACUAAGCAAGAAUGAGACACUACGGCUAGCUAUGAGAUACAUCAACUUCCUUGUCAAGGUGCUGGGAGAGCCAGGCCUGCAGCAGACAGCAGUGGCAGCACGAGGCAGCAUCCUGGGAUUCUUCCAGCAAGCCCCAUGCUUGCAGAGUAUGGAGGAGCUAACUCUCAUUGAAAGCUGUGGUGCCUCUUCUCCUAGCAUGAGCAGCAACAUUGCAGAAUGCUGGUCAGAGACUUCAUCUCCUUAG